GUAUAAAUUGAGCCUGGAUACAGUUGGGGCAGACAGAAUAACACGGAAUCACAUCUGUGUAAUAUAGUUUUUCAGUUUCUUUUGAGCUUUUGCCGCUAAAAAAAAAAAUCCCCUAUCUUUGAUUAAAGAGAUACUGAAGCAAAGCAUUUGCUGCCAGACCAAGAAAUGGAUACCUGGAAGAUCCAGCUCGUUGUUGUGACUUUUUGUGCUUUGGUGCAAAUCUACCAGGCACUGUCUUCUAAUGUGGAAGAGGAGAGAGGGUUAUCUAAAGACUGGCAGGACGAGUCACUGGAGGCAGGUCUGACCCCCCCGAUGGCCAGUCUGAUGAAAAGAUCUAAAGCCCUCCGCUUCUAUGGACUCAUGGGGAAACGCUCAGGUAUAAGGAACCCUUUUAAAGUAAAUAGACGAAACAAAGGAGAGAUGUUUGUGGGUCUGAUGGGUAGAAGCAUUUCCAGUGGCAAACCGUUAACCAGAAUCUUUCCAUCUACAACAACCACUGCCAUCGAUGUUUCGGAGAAACCACACGACCAAGGUUCAUCAGAGGAAUGGUUCCAAAUCCUGUAUUGAUGGGAGCUAGAAAAAAAAAA